UCAAUAAUCAUCAGUUUGGAAAAAAUUCUCAUUAAAAAAAAAAACAUGAAGAUGUUCUACAAGACUCUGUUUUGCAUCGGUUUCCUAUUGGCCACAGUAGAUGCAGGAGCGUGGAGAACAAUUGCGUCAAAUAAGUGCAUUGGGGCCAAAGGCAACAAAUAUGCUGAGUUUACAUAUUUAGGCCUUUCGCGUUUUAUCGUUGCACUGAGAUUGGACCAUACUUCAGGAAGUGUUGGAUGUACUCUUACAACUCACACCAACUGGGGCUGCCCAUUACACCCAAUGAACGUUAUCAUAACAGACUCAAAAAAUAAACGCAUAUUUCCUGCACCGUCUUUGAUUACACCCACCACUGAUGGCAACUGGUAUAGUUUGCCUGGAUACACCGAGAACUCGCCAAGUAUCACCUUUGCUGUCCCAGGAUAUCAAUGGUUGUAUCAUGGUCAGAUAUUCAGAAUCUGGUACGGAGAAGAUCUGCUAGGAUACACGGAACAAGAUAAUCAAGGCCGCACUUGUAUGAAUGUACUCGUUUACACAAAAUGAGAAUAUAUAUUUACUUAUUUUAAAACUUUGCUGUUGUAAUCAGGAUAAAAUAGUACCCUUUUUGUUUAUUUUAAUUUCAUUUUAAUAAAUGUUGAUCUGAAUGGCUGCUGAAAA